AUGGCCAUUGCCAUUGCGCUUGCGCUUGCAUUUCUUGCCAGAGCUGUCACCCACGGUACUUGCAAUCACGUUUUGGCAAGCCCUGAUUAUGCAGCCACGUAUGGGCUUGCUCUUUCGGAUACGGAUCGAGAGAUCCAGCUGCAAUAUGGAACUGAUCAAGGCAAACAAGAUCUUAAAGCAGCAAUCCCUCGGGCGGAUCAGUGA